UUCUUCAGACACCCAUAGAGAGGCCUACAGGGAUCCGUCCACUGGAUUCUACAAGGAUCCGUCCACUGGACUCUACCAGGGUCCAGACACUGGACUCCACAAGGAUCCAGACACUGGACUCCACAAGGACACUGGACUCCACAAGGGUCCAGACACUGGACUCUACAAGGGUCCAGACACUGGACUCUACAAGGGUCCAGACACUGGACUCUACAAGGGUCCAGACACUGGACUCUACAAGGGUCCAGACACUGGACUCUACAAGGGUCCAGACACUGGAUUCUACAAGGGUCCAGACACUGGACUCUACAAGGGUCCAGACACUGGAUUCUACAAGGGUCCAGACACUGGAUUCUACAAGGGUCCAUCCACUGGACUCUACAAGGGUCCAUCCACUGGACUCUACAAGGGUCCAGACACUGGACUCUACAAGGGUCCAGACACUGGACUCCACAAGGGUCCAUCCACUGGACUCUACAAGGGUCCAUCCACUGGACUCGACAAGGGUCCAUCCACUGGACUCUACAAGGGUCCAGACACUGGACUCCACAAGGGUCCAUCCACUGGACUCCACAAGGAUCCAGACACUGGACUCCACAAGGGUCCAGACACUGGACUCUACAAGGGUCCAGACACUGGACUCCACAAGGAUCCAGACACUGGACUCCACAAGGGUCCAGACACUGGACUCUACAAGGGUCCAGACACUGGACUCUACAAGGGUCCAGACACUGGAUUCUACAAGGGUCCAGACACUGGACUCCACAAGGAUCCAGAAACUGGAUUCUACAAGGAUCCAGACACUGGACUCGACAAGGACACUGGACUCUACAAGGAUCCAGACACUGGACUCUAUAAGGGUCCAGACACUGGACUCGACAAGGGUCCAUCCACUGGACUCUACAAGGGUCCAGACACUGGACUCUAUAAGGGUCCAGACACUGGAUUCUACAAGGGUCCAGACACUGGAUUCUACAAGGGUCCAGACACUGGAUUCUACAAGGGUCCAUCCACUGGACUCUACAAGGGUCCAUCCACUGGACUCUACAAGGGUCCAGACACUGGACUCUACAAGGGUCCAGACACUGGACUCCACAAGGGUCCAUCCACUGGACUCUACAAGGGUCCAUCCACUGGACUCGACAAGGGUCCAUCCACUGGACUCUACAAGGGUCCAGACACUGGACUCCACAAGGGUCCAUCCACUGGACUCUACAAGGGUCCAGACACUGGACUCUACAAGGGUCCAGACACUGGAUUCUACAAGGGUCCAGACAGUGGAUUCUACAAGGGUCCAUCCACUGGACUCUACAAGGGUCCAUCCACUGGACUCUACAAGGGUCCAGAUACUGGACUCUACAAGGUUCCAGACACUGGAUUCUACAAGGGUCCAGACACUGGAUUCUACAAGGGUCCAGACACUGGAUUCUACAAGGGUCCAGACACUGGAUUCUACAAGGGUCCAGACACUGGGCUCUACAAGGGUCCAGUCACUGGAUUCUACAAGGGUCCAGACACUGGAUUCUACAAGGGUCCAGACACUGGGCUCUACAAGGGUCCAGACACUGGAUUCUACAAGGGUCCAGACAUUGGACUCUACAAGUGUCCAGACACUGGACUCUACAAGGGUCCAUCCACUGGACUCUACAAGGGUCCAGACACUGGACUCUACAAGGGUCCAGACACUGAAUUCUACAAGGGUCCAGACACUGGACUCUACAAGGGUCCAGACACUGGACUCUACAAGGGUCCAGACACUGAAUUCUACAAGGGUCCAGACACUGGACUCAACAAGGGUCCAGACACUGGAUUCUACAAGGGUCCAGACACUGGAUUCUACAAGGGUCCAGACACUGGACUCUACAAGGGUCCAGACACUGGACUCUACAAGGGUCCAGACACUGGGGGGUGA